AUGGAGUUGAAACCAAACAGCUCAUAUAUGGCAAAUGAUUCAACGACAACAAAAUAUUAAAAUUUCAUCACCGGACUUUCUUCCAACUUCUGAUGGCGUCUCUUCCAUUUAUCACUUUUCCAACUUUUAAACAAGUGUGUCUGCCGGAUGUUAAACUAUUCCGAUGCCAGAAGCCUCUAUCGGUCCGGUGUUCAACCGGAGAUUCUUCGAUAACCGGUGAUGAUGAGUUUGAUGCAAAAGUGUUCCGGCAUAAGUUGACUAGAAGCGAUAAUUACAACCGGAAAGGGUUCGGGCAUAAGGAGGAGACUCUUGAGAUCAUGAAUCAAGAGUAUACCAGUGACUUAAUAAAGAUGUUGAAGGAUAAUAAUAAUGAAUACACAUGGGGAAAUGUCACAGUGAAGCUUGCAAAAGCUUAUGGCUUUUGUUAUGGCGUUGAACAUGCCAUUCGGAUUGCUUAUGAAACAAGGAUACAGUUUCCGGAUCAUGAGAUGUGGAUCACCAAUGAAAUUAUUCAUAACCCUACUGUUAAUAAGAGGCUAAAGGAGAUGGAAGUUAAAAUCAUUCCUGUUGAGAACGGAGAAAAACAAUUUCAUGUCGUUAACAAGGGUGCUGUUGUAAUAUUACCUGCUUUCGGAGCAGCAGUAAACGAGAUGUUGACUUUAAAUAAUAAACAAGUUCAAAUAGUUGAUACAACAUGCCCUUGGGUAUCUAAGGUGUGGAAUUCUGUUGAAAAGCAUAAAAAGGGAACUUAUACUUCUAUAAUUCAUGGCAAAUAUCAUCAUGAGGAAACUAUAGCAACCGCAUCUUUUGCAGGGAAGUAUGUCAUUGUUAAGGAUACGAAUGAGGCGACAUAUGUGUGUGAUUACAUCCUUGGUGGUAAACUUAACGGAUCUAGCUCAACUAAAGAAGCUUUUCUAGAGAAAUUUAAACUUGCAGUUUCCAAGGGUUUCGAUCCAGACACUGAUCUAGUCAAAACUGGUGUGGCAAACCAAACUACAAUGCUUAAGGGAGAAACGGAGGAAAUUGGGAAAUUAGUAGAGACGACCAUGAUGAGAAAAUUUGGAGUAGAAAAUUUCACUGAACACUUCAUGAGUUUCAACACUAUCUGUGAGGCUACUCAAGUGCGCCAAGAUGCUAUGUACAAAUUAGUAGAUGAAAAAAUGGAUCUUAUGUUGGUAGUUGGUGGGUGGAACUCGAGCAAUACUUCACAUCUACAAGAGAUUCCAGAGAAUCGCAGUAUUCCAUCUUAUUGGGUCGAUAGUGUAGACAAAGUGGGUCCGGGAAACCAUAUAGUCUAUAAGACAAAGGAUGGUGAGUUGGUUAAAAAAGAAAAUUGGCUACCAAAGGGCCAUGUGACAAUUGGUAUCACAUCUGGUGCAUCUACUCCUGACAAGGCUGUUGAAGAUAUUCUUCUGAAGGUGUUUGAGAUAAAAAGUGAAGAAUCCCCGGAAGACGCGUAGGUUGGUGUUUUAUUUAACAAUAUGAUCAAAUACUUUACUUUUUUUUUGCAUCAAACUCGGUUAUGGUUUCUCUCUAUGCUGUAAGAAAGAUGAUAAAAUGUGUUGACUCGCUAUACUUAUUUGGACAUAAAAUUUGCAAAACAGUUUGCCUUCUCGGCU